UUCAAUAAUCUUUUGGCUCUCAAUCACCCAUAUGGUAAAGGAAAGCUAAAACAUUAUUACCAUUUCCCUUAGGGUUGUUUCUUUGGCUUUUCAAUAAAAAGAACAUGUAGUCAAUUAAAACAACUCUGGCAGCAGCCUUCAAUCAGCACUACGGUAUAAAAUGAUCUGGAGUCUCGUAGUUGUUCAAAAGGAGUAGUGCCUCUCUGCUCUCUUUCAGGUGGUUAUGAAGGUAUAUAUGUCUACUAUAUGCCUACAUUCCAGCAGAAAAUCCUCUUUUCAAGACCUUCCCAAAUAGAAUAAUCUCUUCAAUCAACGAGUGUGGCUUAAAAAAUGGAACAGGAAUGGCCAAUAGGGUAUGGGCCUUGGACAAAAGCCAACCCUUUUCUCCAAAUGGGAUCUGACGUGAUUUGCACAUAACCCUGCCUAGAUAAAAAGCAUCUCCAUUCAUUUCAUGUCUUGGUUGAGCACCAACAAUAUCUUGAUCCUUUCUAGAGGAUUUCUCAAGAAGUGUAGGUCAAAAGGAUAGUUGCCUUGGAGACCCUAGGGCCUAGUAGGAUAUUACUAUUCACAUAGAGUAAGAAUCCAGAGACCAUCUUCUUCAAUAAUAUGAGAAACACAAUGAGUGCAGGUAGAGAAAGAGUGUUUCGGGAUCAAACCUCAAUUGCAGUCCAUGUUAAGGAUGCCGUGCUUGAUCCUUGGAGCACCAAGAAGGGCAACUGUAAUAUCUGCAGUGCAGAAUCACCAACAUCCAGCAUUGGAUAUUCAACUAGCUCCAUUGGCUCAACAUCUUUAUCAGACUUGCAAGAUGAUGCAACAUCAUCAAUGCCGUUGUCGUCUUCAUCAUCCUCGCUUGUGAAUGGGCCUUUAUAUGAAUUAUCAGACCUAAUGGCCAUACUCCCAAUCAAGAGAGGUCUAUCCAAGUACUUUCAAGGGAAGUCAAAGUCCUUUACAUCUCUAUCAAAUGUAAGCUGUAUCGAAGAUCUAGCGAGGAGAGAGACUCCUCUAAGAAGGAGAAUGAAGUCAUGUAAAAGCUAUGGAGGUGGUUUAGAUAUCCAUAAAUCAUCAUAUGCCCCUAAACCUAUCCUAUUAAAGAAGUCGGCAAAGGGUUCUUUUCCAUCUUUGCAAGCUAUAAGAGGGGGUUGCAGGCCACCUCCUGUUCCUGAACAUAAGAGCUUUUAAAUGUAAGUAAAAACCAUGAGGGUAUGAGAAUUGCAUUAGAGAAAAGUAUUUUUCUGUGGCUUUUGUAUCAGAAAGAGAAACAAUUCAAUGAAUUUGGUUUCUGGGUUCUGUUUGGCUUGAAGGUGUGGAAUUUAGAAAGCUGGGCAACAUGAAACUCUAUCUCUUGUAAGUUCAGACAGAAAGAUUGGACACCUUAGCUUA